GAAAGGCUCCAUCGGUACCAGAAGGACCAUCAAGUGUUCUGGGUUAUCGGGCUCUGUUUUAUGACUUCGUAGUCCUAUUCGUAACAUUGGUGGUGCGUUCUCCAGUUUUUUUAAAAUGAGCAAAGGCCGUCCAGAUUUGAGGAUGGAAAUGCCAGACGACUUCUACAUUCCCAUUCCUCUGGAAACCACUAACAUUUCCUCUCUUAGCCCAUUUUUGGUACCCCAGACACAUUUGGGUAGCCCGGGUAUCUUUAUGAGUUUGUCAGCCUUUAUGUUAUUUACCAUCAUCUUUGGUUUUCCCCUCAACAUCCUGACCGUCAUCUGCACUGCCAAGUAUAAGAAGCUACGUUCCCAUCUCAACUACAUUCUGGUAAACUUGUCUAUUGCCAACCUUGUAGUGAUCGUCUUUGGCUCCACAACUGCCUUUUAUAGCUUCUCUCAAAUGUACUUCACCUUGGGCACAUGGGCAUGUAAGGCAGAAGGUUUUAUGGCCACGUUGGGAGGAAUGGUCAGUUUGUGGUCUCUGGCUGUGGUGGCCUUUGAGAGAUUCCUGGUGAUCUGUAAGCCUAUGGGGAGCUUCACUUUCCGGGAGAGCCAUGCCAUCACAGGCUGUGUCUUUACAUGGGUCAUCGCACUGGUGGCAGCAGUUCCACCUCUGCUGGGCUGGAGCAGGUACAUCCCAGAAGGUUUACAGUGCUCUUGUGGACCUGACUGGUAUACGGUGAACAAUAAGUGGAACAAUGAAUCCUACGUACUUUUCCUUUUCUGCUUUUGCUUUGGGUUUCCCCUGACCGUCAUCGUAUUUUCUUACGGGCGCCUCCUGCUCACCCUUCACGCAGUUGCAAAGCAGCAGGAGCAGUCAGCUACCACUCAGAAAGCUGAACGGGAGGUGACCAGAAUGGUGAUAGUGAUGGUUGCUGGGUUUUUGCUUUGCUGGCUUCCCUAUGCCUCCUUUGCGUUAUGGGCCACUACACAUCGCGGGGAACAUUUCGACCUACGAAUGGCCUCAAUCCCAUCUGUAUUUUCAAAGGCCUCUACCGUCUACAACCCUUUUAUUUACAUCGUAAUGAACAGACAGUUCCGCUCAUGCAUGAUGAAGAUGAUCUUCUGUGGCAAGAAUCCCUUAGGAGACGAUGAAGACACAUCCGCCUCUGGAUCCACUCAGGUGUCUUCAGUGUCUAGCAGUCAAGUGGCCCCAGCAUAACGCCAGCCACGCCCGGCUUCUGUUCUGCCACGUUUGCUGCCACGGCUAUGUGCCCUCAAAAGCUUCCAAGUGGCUCCACAACCAGCCAAGAACCCACUUCCAACCUCACAUCCCACAUCCUGUUUCAUAAUCCAAAUGAAUCCUAAUUUCACACAAACAGACACAGGAACAGGGGCCACCAAAUCCCUUUCACGGUAGUAAGAGGUCUCAAGAUUGGAUCCCCCAUUUUCCCUAGAAUUCUAUUGUGUAAGGCCUAUCUCAUGGGUAGGAAAUUGCAUUAAUGCCGUUGUUGGGAUACAACCUCUAUCAUCCUCAGCUACGGAACAAAUAGCUGAGGACUAUGAGAGUUGCGGACAACUGGUUAAAUAUUAUAGUUGGUCCACUAUUGUUUUUUUAGUCUUGCGAGACACAUGAGUAUUUUUUUCUAAAAGUAACAUGUUUUCAGCUGAUGAAACUGAUUUUAGGUUUAAAGGUGUCUUAAUGUCCCUCAUAACAGACAUUAUUGCACCUUUAGCCUAAUAAUGAGAAAAUCUACACAUUUGGAAUGCAGGACAGAAUGGGGACUUAUUAUGUCAAGUGGAUGCAGGUAGGAAAGCGGUUUUAUGGAGCUGUGGAGAUUUUUAAAAUUGAUAUAUUUACGGUAACUGUAAUUUAAUCUGCAGCCCUAAAUCACAAACCCUUUGUACAAAAAAAAGCAAUUUAUACUAAUUUAUUUGAUGUAACUGAACAGAGUACUGGGCAUUUAGCUUUCUUCUGAUUGGCUCCCCAAGCUUAACAGAAAUAACCAAGAGACUUCCAUACUUGGUUGCAACACAAGAUCCCCACAAUGUACUUAAGUGUUCUCUAAGGCGAACUUUACAUUUUAAGGGACGUAGUAUUUCCAGGUCCAGCAUAGAAAUAUGCUAACGUUUCUUUAAAAUGCAUAUGUUAUAUGUUUAAGGAUUCCUAUGAAACAAGAGUUGAGAUGUAGGAUGUAGUUAGAUGCAUUGGGGGUUCGAUACAAAGAUCAAUUUUUGGUAAAAGUUUUAAAUGAGGAGCAAACACAUGUUGGAAACCAGAAGACUGUUUCAUCUCAUGGUUACCAAAUCCCUCUUUGUGCAUAACCCUCCAUAUAUAUUAGAAUCUACAAAUAUUUAACCAUCUUAGAAAACCAACCACAAACGAGGUAUCAUGUUAAGUUGGACCCUGACAUUCUAUGCAAACCAUAACUACUAACAUAUCUCUCGUGGUAGUUGGUAAUGCAAUUAAUUAAUUUAGCCGGAAUAUUUUUCGGAUUCCCAUGCAGUUGCCCAUCCCAUACACGUUCCUCAUUUAGACAGAGUUAGUGCGUAAACAUUUUUCAAAUGACUUUUACUGGUAUUUUUUUAUUUCGAUUUUUUUUUUCUUAUAGUGAAUUUCAGGAAGUGACCAGAAUUAUCAAUUAUGAAAAAGUUUGUCCAUGUUUAUUAAAUGAUCUAUUCUAGAGCAUGCUAUCUGGAUGUUGCAAGAGAGGGACGUAAAGAAUGAACUGGUUUAAUAUCUCAUAUAAUUCCAUUUAAUGAAGAGAGGCUGUUCCUUUUUAUCUUAUCUUUUACUUGUAUUAUUGUUUUGUAAAGAGACUUCAUCCCAGCCCACCAUAUGCUGCCGUUAGAGGUAGAACAACAUCAUAGAAGACUUUAUUCCCUUUUACAUUGGACAAGACUCACACUCCCUACACAAAACAUGGUACAACAGUUCCAAAGAUUCCAAAAGGUUUUGUUCUGAGACAAAAAGAGACCGUGAAUAGAUUUUCUGCCCAGAUUUACGUAUAAUCAAGAGCUGGUGUUUACCCAAAUUGCAAAGACAUACCAACCAUCGUUUACUUUAAGAAGGAAAUACUCUUCCAAGCUGGUCAAAAGCAGAACAUGAAAUGUCAAGUAGUGAAGUAUUCAUCUUUUCCAGUUACUAUAAGCCCCUAAGCCUUUUCGGGAGCUACAAAAUACCCAGAUUCCAUAGUCAACUUUUUCCAUAUCCUAUUCCACCUUUUCCGGACUACAAUCCUGAUGUCGAUGAAAAUGUUUUUUUAGAUUAAGAUUGUUAACUUGGUCUACAUUGUAAAUAUCAUAACCCAGGGCUUUAUCUCCAAGCUUACACAUGUACUUCCUUACCUGUAAAAAAAAAAGAUAGCUUAGAUUUCAGGACUUGUCUUUUCAUUUAAUAAACAUAUCAGAUGCAUCUUUA